GUGAAAAGUGGUGCCGAAAAUAUUAAAGUAAAACGUGCAGCAGAACUCAAAAUGAUUGGAAAUGAUCCAAAACAAAAAAAAUUGUAUUUUAAAGACCAAAAGUUGUCAGUUGAAUCUUCUUACUACAACUACAACGCCAGUAAAGGUUGUAUCAUAUAAAGAAAAACUUAAUGCUAUUGAAAAAUCUAAAAAAUAUAAUAAUUUACCAACGGAAUUAAGUGACAGUAUCGUAAUAAGAGAAGCAGAAAAAAAUUACACUUUAAAAUGUCCAUCACCAGCUGGUCAAGACUAUUGGGUGGUUGAGCAUUUCAAGGCUGAUAAAAUUGCUAAUGUUCCGUCUCAGGAAAGGUGGAAACAAGCUGAAUGUAUAAUCAAAAGGACUCUGUCAGACCAGAAAAGCAACGACAUAAAUAUUAACAACCAACUGCAAACAACAAUCGAACUAAUUUUGGAUUGGUUUAUGGCUGACCCGAAAAAGAAAAUGACCAAUAAAAAUUUAAGUUGA